AUGCGUGAUUCAACAAAUAUAGAUGACAUAUAUGAGGGUUUCGAUGCUGUUCCGCCGUCAUUUGACGCUGGAAAUAUUUUCUCAGAUCAAAACAUCCAAACUGCCUUGAAAACCGCUAGUAAGGGAAGGAGACCUACGUGCUUUGAGAAUUCUGGAGGACACAUGAGGAUGGGCGCUGCUAUCGGCAGUGACCGCUAUCUCUCAACCACUGAGUCUUCUGGUUUCGGUACUUAUCGUCCAAUGACCUCCGUUCGGGCCGCCGGUUUUUCAUCCAAUCUGCGACGUAGUACGGCUUUUGGAAAGUUCAGUGUGGAUGCCUCCACGGUCAAUCAUUCUACUACUGAACCCGGAUCCAUCGACAUAGCCGCUCCCCCACUUGAACAGAAACCCGAAGACUCCCCUGAAACCCAGAUGCAAGAAAUGGAGAAAAAGGUGACGCAGCUGUUUGAAGAGAGCUGUUUAGCGGCAGCUAGCGGGAAUAUAAGCGUGGCCCUUGAAAAGGCCAAGGAGGCCGGUCGCAAGGAGCGCGUCCUAGUACGCCAACGUGAGCAGCUUGGAGUAGCGGAUCAAAUUAAUCUCGACCUGACCUACUCCAUCCUCUUUAACCUUGCCAACUGCUAUGAGCUGGCAGAUUUGAACCACGAGGCUCUGAACACUUACCAAGCCAUUGUUCGCAACAAGAUACUCAAGGUUAACAUGGGAAAUAUUUACUUUCGCCAGAAAAACUAUACAAAAGCCAUCAAAAUGUAUCGUAUGGGCCUGGAUCAGGUACCCAAAACUCAUAAGUCAAUGCGGAUAAAGAUCAUGCAAAAUAUUGGAAUAGCCUUUGUGAAACUACGCCAGUACAACGAUGCCAUCACUGCUUUUGAGCACAUAAUGCAGGAGGAUGCGGGAAUAAAGGCAGCUCUGAAUUUGAUUCUCUGCUACUUUAAGAUUGGCGAUAAGAACAAUAUGAAGUACACAUUCCAACGGCUUCUUAAAGUCGACUCACACCUUGAUGACGAGGAGCGCUAUCUUUCACAGACUGAUGACAAACAAUAUGACAACAUACUAGAAGUCAUAAAGAACGAUGACCUGCGGCAGUACGAGAAAAAUAGGAAGGCACACGCAGAAUCUGUUAUUAAAAUGGUCGCCAAAAUAAUUGCUCCAGCUAUAGAAGCAAACUUCAACUUGGGCUAUACAUGGUGCAUUGAACAAACCAAGAACUCUGCGUAUCGUGAACUUCCUAAUGACCUGGAAAUCGACAAGGCGUUGAUGUAUCUCAGACAACGUGACUUUCAUCCGGCCAUAGAGACGUUGAAGUCAUUUGAAAACAAGGACACCCGAACAGCUUGCACAGCUGCAACAAACCUCUCCUUCCUUUACUUCCUUGAGGGUGACUUCGCACAAGCCGACCGGUAUGCCAAUCAGGCGCUGGCUGCUGACCGCUACAGUCCUGCUGAUUUUGCUAAGACUGAAAUACCCCAAACGAUGCCCUUUUGCGCUGCAGCUCUGGUGAAUAAGGGGAACAUCUUAUUCAAGCAGGGGCAAUUGGACAGGGCACGCGACUGCUACCGUGAAGCCCUACAGGACGAUCCGACUUGUGUGGAGGCACUAUACAAUUUUGGUCUAGUGGCCAAACAACUUGACAGACUGGAGGAGGCUUUGGAUGCCUUCUACAAGAUACACUCAAUGCUUCCCAACAAUGUUUUGGUGAUGUACCAGAUGAUGGAUAUCUACGAGCGGAUGGGGGAUCUAUCGCAGUCCCAAGACUGGUUCCUUCAACUUCACGGACUUAUCCCAUCAGAUCCCUUUCUUUUGCAACACUGUGGCGACUGUUUUGAGCGAAUCGGGGAUAAAUCCCAGGCCUUCUCUUAUUACUACGACUCGUUUAAGUAUUAUCCUUGCAACUUCGAAGUGAUUGAAUGGCUUGGUGCCUACUACGUUGAGUCUCAGUUUUGCGAAAAAUCCAUCGGCUACUUUGAACGUGCCGCGUUGAUGCAACCGAACCAAAUAAAGUGGCAACUGAUGAUUGCCUCCUGCCAUCGAAAAAGUGGAAACUACCAACAAGCUCUCGAGAUGUACAAGAAAAUUCACAGUAAAUUUCCAGAAAAUAUUGAAUGUCUUCAGUUUCUCGUUAGACUACACAAAGAUAUGGGACUGCCCGAAACAGACGAAUACCUCUCUCGGUUGAAGAAAGCGGAGAAAAUUCGAGAGGCCCGUGAACAACGAGUGAUUUCUGCCUCUAGCCGUCAACCCUUUAACAUUGGUGCUUUUGGGCAGCCAAGCGAGAGCCUUGACAGCAUAAGUGGAGGUAAAUCACUGUCGUUCCUACCAAAGCUGCCCGACACCGACGCAGAGGACGAAGAUGGACAUGAAGAUUCACGUCAGCAGUACCGCUCUAGCACCCUGAAUCCCAUGGAAGUGGCCUACGUAGACCCCCUGGGGCCCUCCGUGGAGCGACCACGUACUACGGUGAAAACACGCCGUUCCGUUCCGAAAGAAUUCGCUGACGACUAUGCUGUUGAUAAUCUGCUGCCUGAUUGA